UUUUCAUUUGAACAUUUUUGGGGGUCAGACUAGGUUAAACGUCACUGUAAAAAGUUCUGACCGAGGUUUUUAUCCACGGAUCACUGAUCAGUGUGUCAUUGGCAACAUGGAAAAGAGACUGACUGAUGUCCACAAGAUGAUGGAGGAAGAGGAGGACAGAGCAGAGUCUGCAGAAUCCAGGAGUCACAGGUCCAAACCUGUAGAUCCAUAUUUUAGUACUGGACCUGGACAAACAAUAGGUCAGAAGUCACAGUAUCCAGAAUCCAGCUGUCUGUCUAUGAGGAGUGACAUGUCUAAACCUGAAAAUCCAUAUUUCAGUAAUGAACCUGGUCCACCAGUAUACUUGAGUUAUGGACCUCACCUGACAACAGGUCAGAGGUCACAGUAUCCAGAAUCCAGCUGUCUGUCUAUGAGGAGUGACAUGUCUAAACCUGAAAAUCCAUAUUUCGGUAAUGAACCUGGUCCACCAAUGUACUUGAGUUACGGACCUCACAUGGGUUAUGUGAGAGGUCAGAGGUCACAGAAUCCAGAAUCCAGCUGUCUAUCUAUGAGGAGUGACAUGUCCAAACCUGAAAAUCCAUAUUUCGGUAAUGAACCUGGUCCACCAAUGUACUUGAGUUACGGACCUCACAUGGGUUAUGUGAGAGGUCAGAGGUCACAGAAUCCAGAAUCCAGCUGUCUGUCUAUGAGGAGUGACAUGUCCAAACCUGAAAAUCCAUAUUUCGGUAAUGAACCUGGUCCACCAAUGUACUUGAGUUACGGACCUCACAUGGGUUAUGUGAGAGAGAGGAAGAGGAGCGAGGUCUGUGUGGAGGAGCGGCCGUCCUGCUGUGCGUCGUGUCAGGAUGUCCUGAAGGAUCCGGUCUCUACCAGCUGUGGACACUGGUUCUGCAGACAGUGCAUCUCCUCAUACUGGGACCAGUCUGCUUCAUCAGGAGACUCCUCCUGUCCCCAGUGUGGAAAAAGACCCAGAACCAGAGCUGGAGUGCAGACAGCCAGUCAGAGCAGCUGUGGACAAACAGAUGCUGGUCUGCAGGAGGUUUUAGAGGAACAUAAGAUCAGUCUGAGGAGCAGAUGUGAACGUGUGACUGAAGGAAGUGAUGAAACAGGAAGUAGAACCCUCCUGAACAGGAUCUACACUGAGCUCUACAUCACAGAGGGACAGAGUGAAGAGGUUCACACCCAACAUGAGGUGAGGCAGCUAGAGACAGCUUCCAAGAAGACCCUCCAUGACAGACCAAUCAGGUGCCACGACAUCUUUAAAGCCUUCCCUGACCAACAAAGAGCCAUCAGAGUGGUUCUGACCAACGGCGUCGCUGGCGUUGGAAAAACCUUCUCAGUGCAGAAGUUCGUUCUGGACUGGGCAGAGGGCUUGGAGAACCAACAUGUCAGUGUGGUGAUGCUGCUUUCAUUCAGGGAGCUGAACCUGAUCAGAGAUCAGCAGUACAGUCUUCUGGAGUUGCUCCAUGUUUUCCAUCCAACAUUACAGAAGGUCCCAGCAGAGAAGCUCGCUGUCUGGAAGCUUCUGUUCAUCUUUGACGGCCUGGAUGAAAGCAGACUUUCAUUGGAUUUCACCAACAGGAAGCUCGUGUCUGAUGUCACACAGAAGUCAUCAGUCAGCGAGCUGCUGACAAACCUCAUCGAGGGGAAUCUGCUUCCCUCGGCUCUCGUCUGGAUAACUUCCCGACCUGCAGCAGCCAAUCAGAUCCCUCCUAGAUGUGUGGACAGGCUGACAGAAGUACGAGGCUUCACUGACGCCCAGAAGGAGGAGUACUUCAGGAGGAGAUUCAGUGAUGAAGAGCUGUCCAACAGAAUCAUCUCCCACAUGAAGACAUCCAGGAGCCUCCACAUCAUGUGCAGAAUCCCAGUCUUCUGCUGGAUCACUGCUACAGUUCUGGAGCACAUGUUGACCACAGAGCAGAGAGGAGAGCUGCCCAAGACCCUGACUGACAUGUACUCACACUUCCUGCUGGUUCAGACGAAGAGGAAGAAGAACAAGUACCAUGAGGGACAUGAGACGAGUCCACGGGAGCUGACAGAGGCUGACAGGGAAGUUCUUCUGAAGCUGGGGAGGCUGGCGUUUGAACAUCUGGAGAAAGGAAACAUCAUGUUCUACCAAGAAGACCUGGAGCAGUGUGGUCUGGAUAUCUCAGAUGCCUCGGUGUACUCAGGAGUUUGUACAGAGAUCUUCAGAAGAGAGUGUGUGAUCUUCCAGAAACCAGUCUACAGCUUUGUUCAUCUGAGCAUUCAGGAGUUUCUGGCUGCAGUCUACAUGUUCCACUGUUACACCAGCAGGAAGACAAAGGUGCUGGAGAUGUUCUUGGGAGAUCUCACCAACAGGGAGACAGAUGUGCUGGAGAACUUCCUGGGAGAUGCCAACAACAGGAAGACAGAGGUGAUGGAGACGUUCCAUGGACAUAUAACCAACAGGAAGACAGAGGUGCUGGAGGACUUCUUGAGAGAUCUGAACAUUAAAAAGACAGAAGGGCUGCAGGAAUUUCAAGAAAAUAUGAACGAUCUUUUUUUUAAUGAUAAUGAUUAUGAUGAUGCAGAAAUGACUCUCCAUAAGAAAUCAUCUCUGGGUGAUUUCCUGUGGAGAGUCAUGGAGAAAUCCUUUCAAAGUAAGAGUGGCCAGCUGGACCUUUUUGUUCGAUUCCUUCAUGGCCUCUCUCUGGACUCCAACCAGACACUCUUACGAGGUCUGCUGGUUCAGACAGAGAAGAAUCCCAAGGAAAGUCAGAUAGAAAGUGUCAUUGACAACCUGAAGUGGAGGAACAGUGAUGAAAUCUCUCCUGACAGAAGUGUCAAUAUCUUUUAUUGUCUGAUGGAGAUGAACGACCUGUCAGUGCAUCAGGAGAUCCAAGAGUUCCUGAAGUCAGAGAACAGAACAGAGAAGAAACUCUCUGAGAUCCAGUGCUCAGCUCUGGCCCACAUGCUGCAGCUAUCAGAGGAGGUUGUGGAUGAGUUUGACCUGCAGAAGUACAACACAACAUACCAGGGACGAUUGAGACUGAUUCCAGCUGUAAGGAACUGCAGAAAGGCUCGACUGACUCAGUGUCGACUCUCAGUGACUCAGUGUGAAGUUGUGGCCUCAGCUCUGAAGUCCAACCCCUCCCAUCUGACACAGCUGGACAUGAGCUGGAAUGAACUGCAAGAUUCAGGCCUGAAGCUUCUGUGUGCUGGACUGGAGAGUCCAAACUGUCGACUGGAGACUCUGAGGUUGGUGCAUUGUAGUUUGUCAGAUAUCAGCUCUUUGGGCUCAGCUCUGAAGUCCAACCCCUCCCAUUUGAAAGAGCUGGACCUGAGCUCCAACAUCAACCUGCAGGAUUCAGGAGUGAAGCAUCUGUGUGGUUUUCUGGAGAGUCCACAAUGUUGUCUUGAAAUCCUGAGACUGACUAAUUGUCAACUGUCAAAGACUCAGUGUGAAGUUGUGGCCUCAUCUUUGAAGUCCAACCCCUCCCAUCUGACACAGCUGGACAUGAGUGGAAAUGACCUGCAGGAUUCAGGCCUGAAGCUUCUGUGUGCUGGACUGGAGAGUCCAAAGUCUCGACUGGAGACUCUGAGGCUGUCAGGCUGUCUUAUCACAGAGGACAGUUGCACUUCUCUGGCCUCUGCUCUGAGCACCAACCCCUCCCAUCUGAGAGAGCUGGACCUGAGCUAUAACCAUCCAGGAGACUCAGGAAUGAAGCUGCUGAUGGCUGGACUGAAGGAUCCAAGCUGGAGACUGGACACUCUCAGGGUGGAGCCUGCUGGAGUCCAAUGGUUGAGCCCAGGUCUGAGGAAGUAUUCCUGUCAACGUCCCUUGGUGCAGUUGGAGGAGAGAAGGCAAGCUAGGUCUCCAUCUACUGACCCUGGCAAGUUUGGGUCCAACCCAACAACCAUCACAGCAUCCACUGUCCUCCAAAAAACUGCAAUUAUAUCCCAGCAAAAGCUGGUGAGAGGCCAAGGCCUCAAUCAAGGGGAGACUGUGUAUUGUGGCAACACUGGUCCCUUCUGA